AAGUCUAGUACUCCUAGACAUAGUCUAUAUCGUCGCACAAUCAGACAUCUACGCUCGAAUCCUCUAGGCCUUGCUCCGUCGGCGUACAAUCAUCUGUUCUGUAUCCAUCAUCUGGCCUUCAAGAUGCCCGCUACAAACUCCUUCGACAAAGACCCGGAAAAGGGUGAGCAGACUCAAGCCGUUAUCAUCACAGAAAAGCAAUCCAUAUCAUCCCUUCAGAGCACAUCAACAUGCUCAACACUUGUCGCUCACUCCAGCUCAGAGUUUACGAAAUCAGAGGAAGCAGUACCACCGAAGCGACAAGCUAGACUCGUCCGAUACCUACGACACACCGGGCUCAACGUAUACCGGAGAAUAUUUUCCAUUGUCUUCCUCGCCAAUCUUGCCGGUUUGAUUGGACUUCUGGUGUCAGGGCACUCCACCAUCUUGACCCACAUGCCAUUUGCGGCCAACGCUGCAGCAGCGAAUUUCUUAGUCGCGAUUCUCAUUCGCCAAGACUACAUCUUUAACCUCAUCUUUCGUGUCUGUCAACUGGUGCCACUUUCCGCACCAUUGCGACUUCGAAGAGUACUAGCCAAGGUUUACGAACAUGGCGGUAUGCAUACUGGUUGCGCGAUCGCUGGAACUAUGUGGUUUGUUUUGUUGACUGUCCUCAUCGUCAUCAACUUCGAGACUGGUCGCAUCAUCCACACGCCUGUAGUCCCGAUUUUUACUGUUCUGCUACUUAUCAUCUUUCUUGUCAUGUGCAUCUUUGCGCAUCCGGCUAUCCGGCACAGAUUCCACAACUCUUUCGAGUUUACUCAUCGUUUCGCUGGAUGGUGUUCGAUUGUUGUUUUCUGGGUCGACCUUGUCCUUAUCGCCGACACCGUUCGCUUGCAAAACACCACGACGCCUGAACCACUUGGUCUAGCUCUGGUCAAGCUUCCUGCUUUCUGGUUUCUCAUCAUCAUGAGUGUGCAUAUUGUCUUACCCUGGCUUCGUCUGCGCAAGGUGGCUUUCAGUGCUGAACGCCUCUCCGAGCAUGCUAUCCGCUUGCACCACAAGGAACAUAUGGGGCCCUACCGUGGCAUUGCUAUUGCAGAGUCGCCUCUUGGCGAAUGGCAUCCCUUUGCCUGCUUCCCAGAUGGUGAUGGGGUCAAUAACAGCAUCAUGAUCAGCCACGCAGGCGACUGGACUCGCAGGACCAUCGACAGCCCCAAGUCGCACUACUACGUCAAGGGUGUUCUCAAGACCAAUGUCCUUAGUAUGGCAUCGAUAUUCAACCGUGUCCUGCUCGUUACGACCGGCACAGGAAUAGGACCAGCUCUUUCUUUCGUCGCAGAACCUAGCCGAAAAGGUCAAUGUCAGGUCUUGUGGGUAUCUUCCUCGCCUGAAAAGACUUUUGGACAGCCAUUGAUCGAUUGGGUGUAUACUCUGAAUGGCAACGCGAUCGUGUGGGACUCCAAGAAAAAUGGUCGUCCUGAUAUGGUGGCAUUGACGUUGAGGUUAUACAAGGAAAUGAAUGCCGAAGCUGUCUUUGUGGUGAGUAACCCGAAACUGACCAAGCAACUGGUGUAUGGGUGUGAGAGUAGAGGUGUCCCUGCUUAUGGACCGAUUUUCGACUCAUAGAUGUUGCUCGGAGAUACUUUCGCUUUUUUUUUUUUUUUUUU